AUGGCUUCCGCAGGUUUUGGGUCGACUACGGCCGCGCCCUCGCACUCAACAAAUGCGCACGCAAAUCUUCGAUCAGAAGCGGGUUCUCUUGCGCGACAAGUAAAUCGCUUGCUAAAUCGCCAACUCUCUUCUGUGUGCCAGGUUAAUGGAGUCAAGAGUACUGGCAUCAAGGCUGAGCUACAACGUCGCAUACAUAAUCUCAUCCAAGAAGCCGUCAACGCCAACGAUCCCGUGCGCCUACAGCAGAUUCGCCAGAGCGUGCACAAUACGAUCUCGAACUCUCAGACCGGAUCUUCGCCCUCUCGAUCGAACUUCUCGAUUUCACAUGGUCAUGCUCCCUCAACACCUUUCGGGUUGCACAGCAUGUCGUUCCCUAACACCCACGGCAGCCUGUCUAAUGGUCAGCGCUCUGUGGUUAACUUCAGCUCGUCAGUGACACUCGCCUUCAAACCGAGCCCUUUUUAUCAGAUCGAGGCCGUUGCUGGUGAUAUAAAGACUUGCGAUGUCAUGUCGCAGCACCGUAACACGAUAACCUAUCCGAUCAGACUAGACGAUCAUCCUGCUUUACAGAAGUGCGUUGACGACCCUUCGUACCGAGUGAUGGUCUUUUGCGCCGGAGAUUGUUUAGGAACGCAAGAUGUCGCAUUUCCUCACCAGUCAGAACUCAAGGUCAACGGUGGCGAGGUCAAGGCCAAUUUGCGCGGCUUGAAGAAUAAACCUGGAUCUACUAGACCGGUUGACAUCACAAAAGCGCUUCGUCUUCGCCCAAAAUAUACCAACAAUGUGGAAUUCACAUAUGCACUGACCUCCAAGAUAACAUCUGUUGAACAGCUUGUGGAGCGCAUCGCCAAUGGCAAGAAGAUAUCGAUUGAUUCUGUAAAGCAAGAACUCAACGCCAAAGCACAAGAUCCUGAUGUGGUAGCAACUUCACAAGUGCUAUCUCUCAAAUGCCCAUUGUCAUACAUGCGAUUAGCACUCCCUUGUCGUGGCUUGAGCUGCACACAUUUGCAAUGCUUCGAUGCCACUUCUUAUCUUCAGCUGCAAGAACAAGGUCCGCAAUGGCAAUGUCCCAUUUGUAACAAGUCUGCAACUUUUGAGCAGUUGGCGGUCGACGCAUAUGUUAAAGACAUCCUUGAAAAGACCCCAAAGAGUCAAGAAACUGUGACCAUUGAGCCCAAUGGUGAAUGGCAUCUCAAGAGCACUGACGACAGUAGUCAAGGGCACACAAAUGGCAACUCAUCUUACACAAAUACCUUUGACGAUGAUGAUGACGACCUGGUAAUAUCAGAGGUCAAUUCAAUUGGUCACCGCCGUUUAGAGACGCCCAAGAUCUCUACACCGACCAUUAGUACGCCAGCAACAGCAGGUCGCGAUGUGUCGUCUUCUGCUGGACCAAGAGGCAUAGCAUCUACCAGCGCGAAACGCCCAAUGGCCGCUAUCAUCGACCUAACGCUUUCUGACGAUGAUGAUGAUCUGCCCCCGCCCCCCAAAAGGCAAAACACCUCAAUGAACGAAUACUCAGGCAACCUACCUAGCAACUCUCCGAUCUCGCCAGGUGAUCUCGGGUAUCUUUAG